UUACUCGUGGAUGAUUUUUGAUAUUGAUAGUUGUUUUUAUUACUGUAUAUUUACUUUAUUCAUAUAUAUUUACCUUUAAUUAAUACAUAUGUUACGGUUCAUUCAUACUAAACUAUUAUUACUUUCUAUAUAAAAUGUAACCCAAGAUAGUUAACUCUAAAUUUAGUGAUAACUUUUGGUCAAAAGUACACGACCCCUCUCCUGUGCGUCGUCUCCAUUAAAUCUAAAAUUGGGGAUGGAUGGAUAAUUGAUAACCCUUACUGUAAAACUCAUAUACCAUAUUCCUGUCAUUGAACUAGAACUAGAGGUUGAAGAACAAGAAGAAUAACAUCUUAUCAUCAGGUUCAAUCCAUCUAUCUAUCUAUCAUGGUUUACGUUUUGGCUGUUAGAUCCCGACUUUUAUAUGUGACUAAUAAGCAAUUACAAUCCAUAAAUCGAAGAUUGGUAACUUCAGCAUCAAACCAAUCUACAAGGUUAUUGAAAGGGAAUAGAAAUGGUUUAAUUGGUAACACCAAGAUAAGACGCAGUAGCAGCAGUAGUAGUAGUGCUAAUAGCUCUACUGUCACUGCCAAUCCAACAUCAUCUACACAUAAUCAACAACAACAUCAAUAUCAACAACAAAGUACAGGUAGCAACAACAAACUAUUUAGAAAGAAAAAUGUAGCUUUGGUAUCUGGCAUCAUAAUAGUAGGGUCCUAUAUCACCUUCAAUCAAUCCAAUUAUUAUAAUUUAGAUACGUUACCUCCUUAUGGAACUAAUACGGGUCCAAAUGGAACUUCACCAUUUAGUACCCCUAAUUCGAAAUUAAUUCAUUCACCCAAUGCCAUUAAUGAUGCCAAAUAUUUCUCCACCUCUACAUCAUCCAUGCAUCAAAAGGAUGGUAUAAGUCAUCAACAACAUAAAGAAGGAGUGUUUUUAUUGAAUGAAGAACAAGUGAGUUCAAAAUUAAGACAAUUUGAAGAAAGUUACUUUGUUAAUCGUGGUAAAGGGAUAACAAGAUAUGAUAUUUGUCAAGUCGCAUCGAAUUCUCCUAUUGAAGAUGAUAGAGCCGAAGAAAUUGUUCAAGUACCUAUUUUACAAGAUAAUAAUAUCAAAACUUCUACCGAUUGGAUGUUUUUUGGAAUUUUCGAUGGUCAUGGAGGUUGGACUACUAGUAGUAAAUUAAGAGAUCAAUUAAUUACUUAUAUCAUUCAUGAAUUAGGAACCAUUUUCAAACCGGCUCCAAAUGAAGAAAAUUUAAGAUUUGUUCCUAAUAGUGCAACCAUAGAUCAAGCAAUUAAGAAUGGAUUUUUAAAAUUAGAUCAUGAAAUCGUUAAUAAAAACAUUGAAAAAUUAUUAAAUGAUAAUAAUAAAGCUAAAGCUGCUGAAUUAUUAAUGCCGGCAUUAUCAGGUUCAUGUGCUUUACUUUCAUUUUAUGAUACCAAUUCAAAAUUAUUAAAAGUGGCCGUAACAGGUGAUUCAAGAGCUUUAUUGGGGUCAUUUAAAGAUAAUCAUUGGACAGUAAGACAAUUAAGUAUUGAUCAGACUGGAUCAAAUCCAACUGAAGUAGCAAGAAUCAUUAGUGAACAUCCUGAUGAACCAAAAGUUAUUAGAAAUGGUAGAGUAUUAGGAAGUUUAGAACCUACAAGAGCCUUUGGUGAUUGUAGAUAUAAAUUACCGGCUGGAAUUCAAGAACGUAUUUAUAAACAAUUCUUUGGAAAAAGAUUACCAAAUCAUUUACAAUCUCCUCCUUAUGUUACAGCUGAACCGGUUAUAACUACUACCAAGAUUAAUCCUGAAAAUAAUGAUUUCUUAGUGAUGGCUUCUGAUGGAUUAUAUGAAAUGUUAACUAAUGAAGAAAUUGUUGGUUUAGUAGUUAAAUGGAUGGAAAAGGAAAAAUUAAUUAAACCUCAAACAUCAUUUUGGAAUAUCUUUGGAUCAACUGAAAAUAAAUUACCUGAAGUUUCUGAUGUUACUAAUGAUAAAUCAUCAAAGAAGCCGAUCAGAAAGACAAAACCUUCAACUGGUGCUUUCUUAUUGGAAGAUAAGAAUGUAUCGACUCAUUUAAUUAGAAAUGCAUUAUCAAAUGGUGGAUCUCGUGAACAAACCACGAUGUUAAUUUCAAUUCCAAACCCUGUAUCAAGAAGAUAUAGAGAUGAUUUAACUGUCACGGUGGUGUUUUUUGGUGAUGGUCAAACUGGUGAAAAUGAACAAGGAAAAUUAGAAAUCAAUGCUGAUGCCACGGCUGGUGGUCCAGCUGCUUCUAAGCCAAAAUUAUAAUCUCGUAAUCUCAUAAAACUUACAUAUAUAGUCAAAACAUACUCUUUAUUUAUCGUCAUCACUCUUACAGUUUCUUUUUUUAUUAUAUCUAUUCACAUGUUAAUGGUUCGUUUAAGUCAUUGACAUAUAUCUUAUUUAUAUAACAUAAAAAAUACCUAGAUUCUUAUUCCGUAUUCCUACUUUUGCCAA